CUGUGAAACCCUUCUCUUUCUUUCUCUCUCUAUCUUCAACCAUUUCACAUUCAUUCUUUGCUUCCCCUUUAAAUCACGAGAUCCCCAUCUUUUUCUUUCUUUUUCUUUCCUUCUUGUGUUCUAUGUUUCUCUGUGUUGUAAUUCGUCGGUGGUUGUAUUUUAGUUUCAACCACAGCCAUUGGUAACAUCAGUAGAAAAGAUUGUGUGGGGAGAGAGAAAGUUUGAAGCUUUAUCUCUCUGUUGGUGAAGGGUAUUUUUUUCUGAAGUUAUUCGGGAAUGUCGCAUUCACGGAAGCCGGAUUCGGGGUUAGGGUUUGAUACACUCUCCGAUCGCCUCCGGAAGACGGUCACUUGCGGCGGCGAUAACACCAAUAAACCAGACUUCCGAGAACUUGAUUUGGGUUCGCCCAUUUCGCCUUUACGAGAUGGGCCAGCGGUUAGUAGCAGCUCUAGCUCAUCCGGAUCGGUUUCGGGUCGGACUGGAAAUGGACUCCAGGUUGGUUCCGGUACUAGAAAGUCAGACUCCAGUGGUACUCCCAAUAACCAUUCCGGUGAGUUGUCAGUCGACAGUUCACCUACAUUUUCCGUUGGUGGGGCUAGAGGUGUUAAAUCAGGUCACACUCGGUCGGAAUCCGGUAGCAUCAGCGGCGGCCACCCAUCAAUUUUCACCGGUGGAAGUUCCGCUACAUCUCCGCCUGUCAAUGUACUUCCUACCGGAAAUAUAUGCCCUUCCGGGAGGGUUCUCAAAACGGGGAUGAUGACAAGUCGAACCUCUAAACCCGAUGUGUUAAGUCUAGGCACCGGUAAUUACGGCCACGGCAGCAUAAUGCGGGGAGGUUUGGGUUCCGGUUCCGGUUCCAGUUCCAGUCCCACCAUCAAAUCCACCGUCUCCGGCGGUAAACCAGAAACUCCUGUUUCCGGCGUUUCAAAUUCACCCUUUUCAAAGAGAUCAUCAAUGGAUCCGGAAGAUUUGAAAAUACUAGGAAACGAAGAGUACAAAAAGGGACACUUUUUAGAGGCAUUGAGUUUCUACGAUCGAGCAAUAGCUCAAUCGCCGGCGAAUGCAGCCUAUCACUGCAACCGAGCAGCCGCAUUGAUGUGUCUGAAAAGGUUGACCGAAGCAGUCAAAGAAUGCGACGAAGCCAUUAAAUUGGAUUCUGGAUAUGUGAGAGCUCACCAUCGCUUAGGAUCUCUUCUUAUUAGUUUAGGACAGGUUGAAAAUGCAAGGACACACCUUUAUUUUCCCGGGUAUCAACCCGACCCGAAAGAGCUCCAAAAAUUACAACUUGUGGAAAAACACUUGAGCAAAUGCACCGACUGUAGAAGAGUCCGGGACUGGGUUGGCGUGUUACGUGAAAGUGAUGCUGCAAUCUCAUCUGGAGCAGACACGUGUCCUCAGCUAUUUGCGUGCAAAGCCGAAGCCCUAUUGAAGCUUCGUCAAUUAGAUGAUGCAGAAGCGACCAUUUUAAACAUACCUAAAUUCGAAGCAUCUAGUAGCGCUUCAUGUUCACAAGCAAAGUUUUUUGGAAUGCUUUCAGAAGCAUAUCUCUUUUUUGUUCGUGCUCAAAUCGACAUGUCUUUUGGAAGAUUUGAGAAUGCGGUUACUUCUAUUGAGAAAUCAGGACAAAUUGAUCCAAGAAACGUUGAGAUUGCUGUUUUGCUUCAAAAUAUAAGGUCAUUAUCAAGAGCAAGAACACGUGGGAAUGAUCUUUUUAAGUCAGAAAGAUUCACAGAAGCUUGUUCAGCUUAUGGUGAAGGGCUUAGAUUUGAUCCUUCAAAUCCAAUUCUUUAUUGUAAUCGAGCAGCAUGUUGGUUUAAACUCGGGUUGUUUGAAAGAUCUCUUGAUGAUUGCAAUCAAGCACUUCUCAUUCAUCCAAAUUACACAAAAGCCCUUCUUCGACGAGCUGCCACAUAUAGCAAGCUUGAGAGGUGGAGCGAAUCAGUGAGAGAUUAUGAAGUUUUGAGAAGAGAGCUUCCAAAUAAUAAUGAUAUAGCAGAAUCUUUAUUUCAUGCCCAAGUGGCAUUAAAAAAGUCACUUGGGGAAGAAGUUUAUAAUAUGAAAUUUGGUGGUGAAGUUGAAUUAAUAACCGGUCUUGAACAGUUCAAAGCUGCAAUUGCUUCAACUGGAGCUUCUGUUGUUCUUUUUAGAACAACAUCUGAUCUUCAAUGCAAGCAAAUAUCUCCUUUUCUUGAUACAUUAUGUGCCAAAUAUCCGUCUAUAAAUUUUCUCAAGGUUGAUAUUGAAGAGAACCCUGAAAUUGCAAGUGUUGAGAAUGUCAGAAUUGUGCCAACAAUCAAGAUUUACAAAAAAGGAAACCGUGUGAAGGAAAUGGUAUGCCCUUGUCGAGAAGUGUUGGAAUCCUCUGUCCGCAAUUACAGCUUCUGAAGGGCGAAAUGGUAAUUUUCCAUUUAAACCCCACCUUUGAGUGUGAUGAAGGGCAGAAUGGUAAUUUCCUUCUCAUCAUACACCCCCGGUUUUCAUCUACUGAUACAGCUUCAUCUUCUUCAUUACUACAUAAAAACCACAAUAAUUUCAUCAUUAAGAGCUCAAGUUGAAAGUCAAAAAUGUAAGUGGGAACAAGAGAGGGUUAGAUUAGUAAAUUUAUCAUAAGCUUUGCAAGUUUAUUAAAACUUCAAGAUUCAAGAUUCCAUUCAUUCACCCCACCCCACCCCACCCCACUUCACCACUAUUGCUCUAUGAAAUCUUUAGUAGCCAUUUUCAAUACCCAUAUCAUUCUUUUCUCAUCAAAAUGUUUAGCUUUUUUUAGAAUUCCCAAUUUACCCCCUUUCUCAUAAGCCUAUCAUGUUUGUGCCUAUCGUGUCUUCCUCCAAUUGAGAUAGCGUGUACCCAAUGUAAUUAAAAGUGGGCUCCCAUGGCUUGUUCAAGAUAUGGAUAUGUCCUUUGUGUAUAUAUAUGAGAUAACAUGAAGAUAUAUACAAAAAGAAAACAAGAGAAAAUUUGGAGGAAGCAAUUGUAAUGGUAGGCCUCAGUUGUACUUGAUUAGUUAUAUACUUUGGGGGUUUUCUUUUUGUUAAACCAUUUCAUCAAUAAAAAUUCAAUCUUUUUUACGUUUUCUUA